AUGAGAAAGAUGCAGGUCAGCAACUGGUUUGAUGAGUGUCACCGCCAAAAAAUUGCAGCAAUUAAGGUCUGGGAUUAUACUGGUUUGGGAUAUGCUAGAUAUCACGCAAGCGAUGUAAAUAAAGACUUUCUAGGGUGUGUGGCAGAGAAUAAAGUGCUCCAUAAUGCUUUACUGUCAUGUAUAAAGGAUUCUGAUUUCAAGACAACAAUCUAUCCUUUGAGGUUAAGUUCAAUGACUUUGAACACAAGCUCUGUGUCUAUGGUGGAGGAGAAUACAAAAUCCAUAGAACCGCCAUCUGCUCUAAGGCAUGGUGCAAAGCUGCAACUUAGUGAUGGAAGUAGCUUGCAUGCAAAGUUGGUGGUUGGCGCCGAUGGAGGAAAAUCACAUGUUAGGGAAUUAGCAGGAAUCAAAACGACUGGCUGGAAUUACUCUCAGAAUGCAAUAAUCUGCACAGUAGAGCAUACUUCUGAAAAUGGAUGUGCAUGGCAACGUUUUCUACCAACGGGUCCAAUUGCUCUUUUACCCAUAGGUGAUAAGUUUAGCAAUAUAGUUUGGACCAUGAGCCCAGCAGAGUCAAACAGCCGCAAAGCAAUAAUCGAGGAAGAAUUUUUAAAGGAUGUGAAUUAUGCUUUAGAUCAUGGUUAUGGACCUCGUCCUACAUCAGGCUUAUUUGGAACUCGAGACAUGUUCUCUUGGUUUAAAAUGGAUGCACCAAUAUCAACUAAUGAAUUCUUUGAAACUCCUCCAAAAGUGACAAAGUUGGCAUCUGAAAGGAUGGUGUUCCCUUUGUCUUUAAGGCAUGCCAAUUCCUAUGCAUCAAAACGUGUGGUUCUUAUUGGAGAUGCAGCUCACACUGUCCAUCCUCUUGCUGGUCAAGGAGUUAAUUUGGGCUUUGGAGAUGCAUUUUCUCUUUCAAAAAUUAUUGCAGAGGGGAUUGCUUUGGGAACUGAUAUUGGAGAGGUAAACUUAUUAAAGAAGUAUGAAGCAGAGAGGAGAUCAGCCAAUAUUAUGAUGAUGGCGAUCCUUGAUGGCUUUCAAAAAGCCUAUUCUGUUGACUUCGGACCUUUGAAUAUUCUGCGAGCUGCUGCUUUCCAUGGGGCAAACUAUAUAUCACCUCUUAAAAAAAGUAUCAUUUCCUAUGCUUCUGGUGAGCAUAAAUUGCCCAUUUUCUUGUGA